AUGUUGGUCAGGUCUGUGAUACGACCUUGUCGUCGCUCAAUCGUGAGUUGCACUCCGUUGUAUAAGAAUACACCAAGGUUUGACGAUGCGGAGUUGAUGGCCAGCAAGCUGAACAAUGCAGCAUACACCGCUAAGCGGAGUAAGGAAGAUUACCAGUGGGCAGAAAAAUCUGCACAAGAGGUUGAAAAUGAACACAACGACAGAAUGGCGAGGAUGAUGAAGAUUUCCGCCGCUUUAAGAGGUCUCUUCGUGGUGGCUGGACUAGGCGCAGCGUACACUUUGUACAUGCAAUGGCCCCAGAUCAAAGGCUGGUGGCUGGCAACAGGCUCGAAAUUGGACGACAAUGCGAUCGAGGUCCUCAAGAAGCGGAAGGAGAAGAAGCGCCAGAUGGAAUUCCCGACAAUACCAGCUGACGAACCUGGAAGUUCGGUGCCCGGUUUGUAUUAUUGGGGGUAUGGCCGCAACGAUGGUAAAAACAGUAAGUUCCCGCUCCGUGUCCCGCAGUUUGAUGGUGAGAAGUUAAGUGAUGUUUUCCUCUCUGCUGAAAAUGGAAACCUCGCCAUCAAUGACCGAGGAGAUUUGUACCUUUGGGAUACGGCCUCAAGAAAGCUGAUUUUAGGAGAUCAAAACCUGGUAUCCGUGAAGGGAUCUAACGGUGUGGCAUAUGCUUUGAACAAAAAAGGUGAACUUUUAGUAAUCCCGGUGGCCGAUGAUAUCGAAAGGUCCCGGUUCGUGAAGACCAUGAGGUCUUGGUUAUUACCAUGGAGAACCUACUGCAAGUAUGAAAGAAAGCUAGAUACAACCCAAAUAUUCACCAAUCGGGGCGAAAACAAGGUGGUUCAGUUUGAUGUUGGCAAAGAUCAUUUGGUUUUUAUCUCUAAUGCUGGAAAGGCAUACACGUGUGCGACUGGUGUCAAGCGCUCACCAGGAAUAAAAUCCAAGGGCCAAUUUGGCGUUCCAACCCUUUCUCAAUUCGACCCCUUUCCAGAAUGCAAUAAGGUGUACGAAAUUGAAUUGUUGAAUCAUGGCGUCUCAGAUUCCGGAAAUGCUUCCAAAAAAAUAGAGAAAAUUGCUUGCGGUAACUAUCACACGCUAGCCCUAGAUUCACUGGGUGAACUUUUUUCAUUCGGCGUUAACACCCACGGGCAAUUGGGUCAGCCUAUUAGCUACGACAUGGAAUACAUUCCCUUUCCUAAAAAAGUGACUAAUUUUAGCGGCCACUUCUCAAGGGAUACAUACCUCAGAGUUGUGGAUAUCAAUGCUGGUGGUGAUACAUCAUUUGCAACUGUUUUGCCCCAGGAUGUUCAUAAAUACUUCAAGAACAAGGGAAACGUAGCCUUGGAAGAGGACAUAGACAAGAUCACUUACUUCGCCUUUGGCAGUGGUAUCAGUGGCGAAUUGGGAAAUGGUCAUUUCAAACAUUCACAGCAGGAACCAACUAAGCUGAAAGUCGUGAACGAUAUAACGGACGGCGCCUCAACAGUUUUGCCAAGAUCUUCAAAAAUAGCACAUUGGGCAUGUGGCAAGGAGCAUGUUUUCUGUCAGCUAGAAAAUAAUGAGGUGGUGACCUGGGGCUCCAACUCAGAAGGUCAGUUGGGCAAUGGAAAGAAAAUCAAAUCGUGUAGACCAAUCAAUAUUCCUCAACUUCUCGAACCAGGUACUGUCCUGAAAAACGGUAUAGAGCAGAACACGGCUGCUUCAAACAAGCUUCGCCUCAGUCCUGGGCAAGUACUAGUGGCCGGUGACCUCUCCAGCUGUAUUUAUUGGAAAGCUUGA